UUUGCUGAAGAUGACUAAGCUUCCACAACAGUUUUCCAAGCUUCCGAUCUGGGAAAUUUCAUUUUACGCUCUCGUUUGGACUGCAGCUGUUUUCUAUUCUAUUUAUUCUGUUUACCUGGUUACUAACGACUAUUUUAAUGAUUAUUUCGAUGAUGCCUACAAUGACUUUGAAAUUGGAUGGUCAUUUAUUCAAAGAAAAAUCGACAUUUCUGAUGAAGAAUGGAGGAUGUGGAUUCCAUUUAUAUUUAAGUUGUCUCCAUGGGUUUUGGUUCAAGUCCUAAUCAGUCAACAGAUGAAACUGCUGUUCCAUAAUACUGAGAUUCUAUGCCUUUGGUAUAGUUUUGUAUCUAUUGCUUUUUUAUUGUACUACUUUGGACUUACAACCACUUUUUGUACAUUACUACUACCAUUGACAUCAUGUUUACUAACUGUAUUGAAAAGCAAAGCCUUGUCAUGGAUUGUUCAUUGUAUAACUCUGUUUUUUAUCUACCAUGCUAGAACUUCGAAAUUAUUUCAAGAUUGGAUUCAAUUACAUGAUGAACAAUUUUUCAUGCUAUCAUCUGCUAUCUGUUGGAUACAAUUACGUAGUAUUAGCUAUAGUAUUGAUAGUAUAGUAACAUAUAAUCGUAUUAAUAUAUUUGGAUUUAUGAAAGACUUAUUGCAAAAUAUAGCUUACUGUUUAUAUUUGCCAACGCUCUUUUUGGGACCAGUAAUUUUGUAUGAACAAUUCACUCACGGCCUCAAAAAACCAUUUACGAGAUGGACUAAAACUAAAACUAUAAAAAUUCUAGGAAAUAUAGCUCGUUAUUUGUUUUGGAUGUUUUUUACACAUUUGUCUAUGCACUUUAUAUACUUUAAUGCCUUAAAAUAUCAACCAAUGUUUGUUGAGACUCUACAACCAUGGGCUUUUUAUGGAUAUGGAUACUGUAUGGGACAAUACUUUUUUAAUAAGUAUGUCGUAGUGUAUGGUCUGACUUGUACUGUAAGUAGAGCUGAAGACAUUGAUGCACCUCCUCCGCCUAAAUGCAUUGGUCGUAUACAUUUGUAUUCAGAUAUGUGGAAAUAUUUCGAUAAUGGACUGUACAAAUUUCUAUUAAGAUAUAUUUACAUUCCUCUAAAUCCCAUGAGUGAUUGUAGAAAAUUUGUUGCUUCUAUAAUAUGUUUUAUAUUUAUAUACUUUUGGCAUGGCAUGCAAUACUUCAUUUUUAUAUGGUCAUUUCUUAACUUUAGUGGUAUUUUGAUAGAAAUGAUAGCAAAAUCAUUGAGUUCCUAUUUUUAUAAAAGUAUAUUACGAGACAGUCUGAGUUUGAGCUUUAAGAGAAGACUUGAAUGUGCAUUAGCAAGUCCGUUGCUGGCACUUUCAGCUGUAUCAAAUUUUUAUUUUGUUGCUGGCAAAGAAAUAGGCCAUAUGUUUGCUUUGAGAACCGCAAUACAAGAUUCUUGGGAAAUAAGGAUCCUGAUGCUCUUUAUAUUAUACUGCUCAUGUCAAGUUUCUACAGAAAUAAAACAAUUUGAACAUAUUUAUAGAUAUAAGUACAAAAUAUGUAUAAAAAUACAGUGACUACGUACACUUUUUAUGAUAAAAAGCUAUAAAUCGAUACAUGUAUGCGGAGUACAAUAUUCUAUAUUUUCUUAAUUAUUA